AUGUCACGGCGAUCGCGAUAUCCAGACUCUAUGCAAGCUCGCACUCGAACAGAGCGUGGCUUUGUAAAGACAGAGUCAGAUCUUUCCAACUACUCGGGUUCUGAUUCGUCCAGUUUGCCAAAGUUGCCAACUAAUAGUAAACUCAACGACAUCUUAUCCUACUUUGGAUCUAGGAACCCUCUGCCCCGCAGUGUAUCCAAGAAGGAUACGGUUUGGCUAUUUGAUAAUACUGCCUAUCGCAAUAGCAAGACUGGGAGAUGGGAGGCCGAGUUUGUGUCUGCUGUUUUUGCUCAGCAUCCUUCGUGUGUGGUGAUCGAUGCGGUGACGACCGUCGCCAAAGAGAUCGGCCUGGAAGAUAGCAACCCCGAGCAUGCUACAAUCGAAGAAAGGAUACUUCCCUUCCUUCAGGACAUUAGACCUGGGACCCAAGUCAAGGCUUUGCAUGCUGGUAAUCUGUCACUCAGCCUAGGUCCUGGGGGUAGGAAUGGUAUCAGCAACGACAUCAAGAAGCUCAAAAACAGUCAUGAUGGUUCGCUUUUGGUACCGAGCUUCGCUAAAGUCCCCGUUGGUGCCAAUGGCCUUCUGGAGAUGAGGACUUUCUUUGCCGAGCCAGAUGGUUGGGGUGUGAUCUCUGAUAUUGACGAUACCAUCAAGAUCACCAUGACUUCAGACCCUAUCGGAAUUCUGCGAUCAACAUUUGUGGACUCUCCGACUCCUUGCCCCGGAAUGCCAGAGCUUUACGAAUUUCUUCACGCUACCAUCAAGGAGACGUCACCUUUCUUUUAUCUCUCUGCAUCUCCUUACAACCUGUAUCCAUUUCUACGGGAGUUUAGAAAUGAUUAUUACCCGCCUGGGACGAUCAUCUUGCGGGACUCUAGCUUCAUGAGCCUUCCAGGACUGCUUUCACAACUCACACUGGGUACUGGGGAGUACAAGGUCGACCGAAUGAAAAAGAUUCAUUCAUGGCUGCCAAAGCGGAAUAUGAUUUGUAUUGGCGAUUCGACGCAGGCAGACCCCGAGUCUUAUGGAGAGAUUUACCGAGCCUUUCCUGGCUGGGUCAAGUUGAUUCUUAUUCGCAAGGUGAUUGAUAUUGCCUCGAUUGGCAUAGAGGCUAAGAAUGAGCCGGAACGGUUCGAGGAGGCCUUCAAUGAUGUACCACGCGACAGAUGGCAUGUCUUUGAGGACCCCGCAGAAUGUAAAUCUAUAAUCCAAAGAGUUGUGGAGUCGGAGUCCUAA